AUGUCUCUGAUGCCGAACGAAUCGAGCAUCUACGUCGACGUGGCGCAAUGCAAUUCCAACGACAAUGUCCGGUCGUUCCAGAAGACCGACGCCGCCCGCGAGGGCCGCAAGGACCAGAUCUUCAACAAAGCAACGGGGGCCCGGCUGGUUGCUGGGUGCGUUGUAUUGAACUCGGACCACUCCAAAGUGCUACUGAUCUCGUCCUCAAAGCACAAGGACCGCUGGAUUCUGCCGAAGGGCGGCAUUGAGUCCGACGAGAUCGACAGUUUCAGCAUGACCGCGGCUCGCGAGACCUGGGAAGAGGCCGGGGCCGUGGGCAAGAUCAUUGGCAAGCUGCCUGUUGUCGAAGACCUGAGGUAUCGUAAGGACGCACGCAAGAUGCCCACGCCGCCCGAGAACGAUAAAAUCCCGCGCAGCGAGUUCCACUUCUAUGAGAUGGAGAUCGAGCAACUGUGCGACAAAUGGCCCGAGAUCGACAAGCGGAUGAGAAAGUGGUGCACGUACGAGGAGGCCAAGCACGAGGUGCUCAAGGCAAAACGGUAUGAACUAGCAGAGGUGCUAGGAGAGUCUCGCAUUCACAAAAACUACACACCGGUUGUUUUUGACGAACACUCGAACGUGAUGCUGGAUGCCGAGCCAGAAAAGGACACUUACUGA